CAGAUAUCAGUUAUCGGUUUAUUUUUGUGCAGUCGCCUAAGGAACUCCAAGAUCAUUUGUCGACGCAGGAGGGCAUGCAAAUAGAAGAUCUUGGACGCAAGUGCUGAUCACUGGCAUUACCCCAGCAUGACUAUCAUUGUAUCCCUUGUUUCCUACCUGACCACCAUGUCCUGGCCAGGGGAUCGCUGGACUCUCGCCGCCCGGGACGCACUCUCAGCACCGUGGACUGUAGACUUGCUCUGGACUUUGCUGCCCUAUGCGCUCGGUCUCCUCUUCGCUGCCAUCCUGUACCGCCACGCCUUCAUGCCUCUGGAUCGCGUCAGGAGAGUAACGGAGAUUGGCUGGGGUUGCAUAGCCGCAGAUGACAAGAGGCCCAUCGCCGAGCGAAUCAGGGAGAUCCAGCGGCUCAGGAAGAUUGGGCAACUUCCUCCUGUCUAUCCCAAUGGGUGGUUCGCUGUGACUGAGUCCAGAAAGGUCAAGGUGGAACAAGUGAUUCAGGUGCAAGUGUUCGGGGAGACGCUGGCAGUGUUUCGGAGCAAGGAAGGAACAGCACACGUAACGGACGCUUACUGUCCCCACAUGGGCGCUAACAUGGCAGUGGGCGGUGUGGUAAAAGGAGACUGUCUUGAGUGUCCCUUUCAUGGCUGGCUAUUCAGAGGGUCUGAUGGCUCCUGUGCCCACAUACCAUACUCAAGUAAAGCUGUGCCUAAGACGGCUAAUGUAAAGCGCUGGGAGUCGCGCGAAGUGAAUGGUCGCAUAUACGUGUGGUACGACGCAGAGGGACGACUUCCGCAGUGGCACAUUCCUGAAAUCGGUCACAUCACCCGCGGGGAGUGGUCCUACCGCGGAAGGACCUACCAUGAAGUCCUCGCACAUAUUCAGGAGAUUCCCGAGAAUGGAGCAGACAUGGCCCACCUAGGACACUUGCACGUGCCUAACAUUUUCAAAGGAAACGACUUGAGGGACGCUUUUGCCAACAACCAGGUAAUGGACUUAGCUGAGCAUGCGUGGAACGGUGAGUGGCGGGCCCGUGAGUCUCCAGAAUCCCACAUGGCUGAGCUGGUCAUGACGCACUCACUCUCCUUCAUCGGCGGGAAGUUCAAGCUUUUCAAGAUGACUGUCAGGGCCGAACAAAUUGGGCCAGGCAUCGUGCACUUGCAUUUCGACACCGGACUCGGCGCCGGCAUCCUGAUUCAGACCGUCACGCCCAUCGAACCCCUCAGGCAGAAGGUCGUCCACGAGUUCUACACUUCGAGCACCUUCUUCGCCCCAUACGCCAAGUUUGUCCUUCUCUGCGAAGCCUACCACUUGGAGCGCGAUAUCAUGAUCUGGAACAGCAAAGUCUACCAGUCGCAGCCGUUGUUGGUGGCAGAGGACCGCCAAAUCCUUAAGUUCCGCCGAUGGUACAACCAGUUCUACUCGGAGAACAGUCCAAAGUUCAACUUCAGGAAAGAUUCACUCGAGUGGUGAUGCGCGAAGCUAGUGGCGCUGCCUCAUGGAUAUAAGGCUAUUCUGUCUUUGUGCUUCCCAUACACACACACGGGAGGUAAAGGACAUGUAUGUGAAAUUUUGAUCAUCUUGAAGAAGUUCGUGAUAGCCGUGGACUGUAGAAGCAUAACCACGAGAAGCAAAGUAACUUCGAAAUCAUUCAAAGGAAAUAAGACAAAAGAUACAUUGUUGUGUGUGAUACAGCAAUUCCAAGCGUGAGCUGUGUGAGAUGAGGAGAUCAAUAUUUCACAAUCUGGAACUACCUAACUUUUGCGUGAUGAGUAGUAAUGGUGCAAAAAAUGAAAAAUAGGUUUGAAUUAUAAGGUUUAUUGAGGUGACUGUAUGUGCGUUUGCGUGCUUGGUAUGUGUAUAUCCAUGACCAAAUUUUGCCAUCUGCUAUGCAUGGCUUGUCUGUGCGCGAGAUGGAGUAUUUGUCUACUUCAUGUGAACAAUUGAAUGAUUUGUAGCUUUUUGAGUCUGGAUGAGUUCGUCCUAUCUACUUUAUAAUAACGUAAAUUGAUAUCACGAUGAUUCUCGUCCUCCUCACCUUACACAUCAAAAUCAUGUGUGGUGAAUCACUGCACACAUGAUAUAAAGUCAUGUAUUAGUCUUGUACUUAAAUUAAAACGUAAGUUGUGGCCCACUUGUGCAAUGUAUCAGUGCCCUAUUUUCUCCUUAAGAUAUUCUACUCCAAUAUUUUUGACUGUACAAUUUUGUAUCGUUUGGUAUUUCUUUUCUUCAAUUUUCAUUGUAAUUCUUUUUGCCAUUAAUAACACUUCAAGCGCACCUUCCUAUGACCCGGGGAUGUACCAGCAUAAUGCUUUUCCACAACAUGUACAGAGCACAUAGGCCGUCACAUCUGAAAUCAAGACUCCUGUGCCCGCUGUUGGACUUCUUAUGUGCUCUCUACAUCCACCACUGGCUCUUGAAUUUAUUUUGACUCUCUUGCACGCAUCUAUAUUGAGAGUUUACUGUCUUUGACUAAGCAAGGUUGUGCAAUGGCAAAAUUGCCAUAUCAAUGCGAAUUACUUAUCUUCCGAAAUUUGCUCUUUCGUUCCAUAUCGUGAUAUGAGAUGAGUUUAAAAGUUUUUGUCUUAUAAAGGAUAGUAAUAGUUAUGGUAAACACUAAUAACGCUGACACUCUUCUGGUAGCAUACAUAAUUCUUAUUAUUGUUUCUUGUAACUGUGUUCGUAAGAGUGAUGAGAUUUUUUUUUUUUUUUGUAAACAGCUAAUAUGCGAAAUGAUUUUUUUAUGAAAAAUAGUGAUUUUCUUUUCAGUUUAAUCUACCUACAAAGCUCUCGUAGUGAUAUAUAAACUUUAGAGUUAUAUUAGUAGAUGUGAAGGGUUUUUUUCCUGAAAAAAUAUUAGGCCCGGAUCCCUUCGCAGAUAGCAUUUGAAAGACGUGGGUCUUUCUGCAGACUCAUUUGUCGUUUCUUUUUUCCGUUAAGUUCUUAUAUUGAUAAGCAGUGUUUGAAAUAGACUUCAUGGUCAAACGUAUGACAAAUACACACACACACACACACACA